AUGGGCGUAAAAGGGCAAAGGGCCAAAAAAGGACAAAGGGCCAAGAGGGGCAAAGGACAAAAAAAGUCCAAGAUAAACAAAUGGCAAAGUGCCAAAAAGGCCGAGGGGAAAAAUGGAAAAGGGCCAAGGACUAAAAAGACCCAAGGGCAAGAAAGGGCAAAGGGCCAAAAAGGGCCAAUGGCAAGAAAGUGCAAAGGGCAAAAAAGGGCCAAGGUAAAAAAGGACAAAGGGCCAACAAGGCCAAAGGGCAAAAAAGGGCAAAGGACCAAAAAGGGCAAAGGGCCAAAAAGGGCCAAGGGCAAAAAGGCAAAGGGCCAAAAAGGGCAAAGAGCCAAAAAGGGGCAAGGGCCAAGGGCAAAAAAGGUCAAAGGACCAAAAAGGGCAAAGGGCCAAAAAGGACAAAGGGCCAAAAGGGCAAAGGGCCAAAAAGGGCAAAGGAAAAAAGGCAAAGGACCAAAAAGGGCAAAGGGAAAAAAGGACCAAAAAGGGCCAAGGGCAAAAAAGGGGCAAAGGGACAAAAAGAGCAAAGGGCCAAAAAGGGCAAAGGACAAAAAAGGUCAAAGAGCCAAAAAAGGGCAAAGGAAAAAAGGCAAAGGACCAAAAAGGGCAAAGGAAAAAAGGGCCAAAAAGGGCAUAGGGCCAAAAGGGCCAAAAAGGGCAAAGGGCAAAAAAGGUCAAAGGGCCAAAAAGGGCAAAGGGCCAAAAAGAGCAAAGGGCCAAAAAGGACAAAGGGCAAUAAAGGGCCAAGGAAACGAAGCUGACAUCGGCGUUAUCAGUAAGGUAGCUUCUAUCGCCAAGUUCAAGGCCAAGGUCGAGGCUGAUCAGCUGACUGUGGUGAAUGGACGUGCGUGCGCGCCCUAUACACUCUCCUAUCCAUACGUCACUCAGCUUUUCCACCACCGUCAGACAUCUCGAUUUUACCGCCUCUGA